GUAUUCCAUAACACGAACACCUUUCGGCCGAAAACAACCAUCAAAAUUGAAUUGUCAAAAAUUUAUAAAUAAAGGAAAAACAAAAAAAAAAAAGAAAAAACAAAGAGUCCGACUGCGACAGCGCGGAGAGCGGGCGUGUGGAAUGCGAGAGAUUGUGACGCUGCAGAUCGGCGGCGCCGGCAAUGCCAUUGGCGAUGCGUUCUGGCAUGUGAUCUCGCACGAGCACGGCGUGGACUACGCAUCCGGGCACUUUGGCGGCACCAGCCCACUGCAAUUGGAGCGCAUCAAUGUGUUCUUCAAUGCAACGGCCAGCAAGAGAUUCUAUGCACGGACCAUCAUCAUCGACACGGAGGCAAGCACCAUACAGCGCCUGAAUGCCAGCAGCCAGCUGUACAGGCCGGAAAACUUUGUCGCCGGCUCGGAGAGUGCCGGCAAUAAUUUUGCGCGCGGCUAUCAUACGGACGGUGCCGAGAUACUCGAUCAGGUGCUGGACAAUACGCGACGCGAGGUCGAAUCCGUGGACUCGCUGCAGGGCUUUCAGCUGCUCCAUUCGAUUGGCGGCGGUACCGGCUCCGGCCUGACAUCGCUAAUCAUGGAGGCGCUGGUCGAACAGUAUCCGGAUAAUUUGCUGUGCAACUAUGUGACCAUACCGUCACCGAACAUGUCCCAGGUGGUGGUAGAGCCAUAUAAUGCGCUGCUCAGCAUUCCGGCGCUGGUGAACAACUCGCAUUUGACCUUUUGCCUGGACAACGAGGCGCUCUUUCAGAUCUGCAAUCGCAAUCUGAAAAUACAAAUGUCCGGCUAUGAGCAUAUCAAUCAUAUUGUUGCCUUGACCAUGUCCGGCAUAACCACCUGCCUGCGCUUUCCCGGCCAGCUGAAUGCGGGCCUGCGUAAGAUCUAUGUGAACAUGGUGCCAUUUCCACGGCUGCACUUCCUCAUACCGGGCUUUGCGCCGCUGGUCACCUGCAAGCAGCAACAGUUUAGCAAGGGCACCGUCUCCGAGCUGGUCCAGCAGAUCUUCUCCAGCAACAAUCUGUUGUGCGCCAUCGAUUUGCGCAAGGGCAAGCUGCUUACGGCCGCUGGCAUCUUUCGCGGCAGAAUGUCGCCGCGCGAGGUCGACCAACUGAUGACGGGCGUGCGCAACAAGAAUCUGCACAACUUUGUCGAUUGGAUACCGAACAACAUUAAGACCGCCAUCUGUGAUAUACCGCCGCGUGGCCUCAAGAUGUCGGCCACGUUCAUUGGCAAUACGACGGCAAUUCAGAGCCUGUUCCAGCGUCUGUUGGACGGCUCCUGCAUUAUGCUGCGCCGCAAGGCUCAUCUUCAUUGGUACACCGGCGAGGGCAUGGAGGAACGCGAAUUCACCGAUGCCCAGGAGGAGCUGCAAAACAUUAUCGAUGAUUAUCGUGGCAGUGGCGAUGGCGGCGAUGGCGCUGCCGCUGGAGGCGGCUCUGCUGCUGGUGGCAACGAUGGGGAUAGUGGAGAUGAGGCGGCGGCUGGACCACAAUGUACUUACUGCGCAGACUGAGGCAACCAAUUGGCCAUCAAUAUUGUUCUCGUAUCUGGCUGGCAUCUAGUUACGGGCGGUGGCAGCAGCAUUCCGUUGCGGUGCGUAGUUCAAAUGCCGGAUCUGGUAAACUUGGCAAUUGGCAGUUGCGACAUUUGGCGGCAUGAUGCAGUGCAUCCUAUUUAUAGCUGGCCAAAGUUCGUUGCGUUUAGAGUUCAGCGCACCAAUCUGUGUCCGUGUGUGUGUGCACGCGCACACACAUCUCUAUACGUGCAUCCACAUGCCGGCUUUUGGGCAAAGGUGCUGCAAAUUGCGCGGCUCUAUUAAUAAAAUUGCAUAAAUCUAUGAGGCAAUGCGACUAAUGCGGCCCCGGCUAAUGCU